GGCACAAAGCCCAGCAGCCCUCAGUCGCACACAGACUCGACUCGAAACAAGGACUUCGAUUGUCUCACCGCAUCCAAAGACUGCCUUUUUUCUAGGAACCAGGGAACAUUCUAGACUUUCAUAACUUGAAAUUUUACUUUGCAGUUUUUGAACACUUUCCGAAUUCGAAGUCAGAAUGCUGGAUCCACUGGCAGAGUUGAGAAGAACCGGAGGCUUUCGGCAAUGUGGAGGCCGGUUAUCUUGGCAGGUACGCUGGAUCUUGUACAGCGUGUGCGUUCUGACGGUGAUGAACUGUGCCGGCCUGGUGCUUCUCCUGGUUCAGCAGAGAGACUUGUGGGCUCAUCUGACUGAGGUGGAGAGGCAGAUGGUGGAGAUCUCUCAGAGCUCGGUGGUGGAGUUCAUGACACAGGUGAAUGAAGAUGAAGCAGAGUCUCAAUACUCCACCAACAAACGCAGCCGGCAGCAUCGAGGGACACGACCCUUCGAGGAGCAUGAGGGGAGUGUGGGAGAGGAAGUCUUGGGAGAUUUCCAGUAUCAUUAUCAGCAGCAGACGCAUGGGCCGGUUUACCAGCGCAAAACAGAAGAGCAAGAUGGAAUGAUGAUGAUGAUGACAUACUCCAUGGUGCCAGUAAAGAUUCUUCUGGACAUUUGCAACAGUACUAAAGGAGUCUGUCUGACUGGGCCACCAGGGCCACCAGGAAUUCCAGGCUUGCCGGGUGUGGAUGGAAUAUCGGGGUAUAAUGGAACAGAUGGAAUUCCAGGGUUGCCAGGAGAGCCUGGAGCACAGGGAAAACGAGGAAAAAGAGGUCCUCCUGGUGAGAAUGGGAACCCUGGUGAUAAGGGAGAACAAGGACAUCCUGGACCCCCAGGACCCCCUGGAGAGCAGGGCGAACCUUCAAAUGAUGUCAUUGUAGAGGGUCCACCUGGUCCAGUGGGACCCCCUGGCCUUCCCGGGCCGUCAGGUCCUCCAGGUCCUCCCGGGCCCCCCGGACCUCAAGGGCCACCGAGACACAGGAGCCACAGGGCGAAUCUUCACACAGGGAAGGAGUCUGUGGGUCACCUUAAUUCAGUCCCAAAUGAUGAUACUAUCAGCCAGAAAAUGGCAUCAUGGAAGAAAAACGACUGUGUUAUAAAGUCGGUGCAGAACCCCAGACAUCUGAUGAAAAUGAGUAGCACGUUUGGAGCUUGGAUGAUGGACACUGCCACUCGCGAUGAUGAGAAGAUUUGGGUAGCAGAACAUUUCUCAGGUCGUAUCAUAAAGCAGUACAACAGUAUUGCAGCGAUCCAGAACAGCAGCAGCGAAUCCAUUGAUGUCCGGAAGUUUUUCCAAGGUUGCGGCCACACUGUACAUAACGGCUCCAUAUUCUACCACAUCGCUGGAACUUACAAUAUUGCUAAGUUUGACCUCCAGACCAAGAUCUUACACACGCUGAGCAUUGACAACGCCCUCUAUCACAAUCGGUCCUACCUCCUUCAGAACUCAAAGACGUAUUUCAAAUUGGCAGCGGAUGAGAACGGUAUGUGGAUCAUAUUCGCCUCCAACAUUGACGACAACAUCAUGGUGGCGCGACUGGAUGAGAAAACGUUCUCCGUCACCACUUACAUCAACACCACCUAUCCCAGGACCAAGUGCGGUAAUGCGUUUAUCGCCUGCGGGAUCCUCUACGUCACGGAUUCUAAAGACACAAAGGUGACGUACGCCUUUGACCUCCUGAAAGAGAAACCUGUAAGUGUAAGUUUGGAUCUGAGAGCACCUGGAGGGGUUCUGUCCAUGAUCUCAUACAAUCCCAGAGACAAACAUCUCUACAUAUGGGACAGCAGCUACGUCAAGUCAUACCAAGUUCAGUUCUUCUCAGAUGAGUAAUCAAAACUGAGGGUGUGUUCACACUUGGCAGGUUUGGUUCGAUUAAAACGAACUCGAAUGGUGCCGUUGCUCUAUUAGUGCGGUUCAUUUGAAUGAGUGUGAACGCCAUUCGAACCCUAUUGCGCACCAAGCAGGCCGAGACCCCUCAAAAAGUGGUAUCGGUCCGCUUGCAAAGAACUGUGGUGCAAUUCGACUGAAAUACGAACGCAACGCAGACCAAAGACAUCUAGACGAAUCAAAAACAGACGUGAUGUCACACAAUGCAUCCCUAAAAUGGACGGAAUGAUCAAGGAUACUUGUUUUUCUCGUCAUAGUCGCAAUGUUGCCUAUUACGCUUCAGGAUAGGCGUCAGAACCGCCAUCUCCUUGCGGCAGAUCUUUGUUUGUGUGUGUGACGGGCUGUUUUCAAUCUUUUGCACUUUUCAUAAGCAGUUCUCAGCUGGUAAAAAUACCAAGAUAUGUACGCACAUACAACUAGCGCAUUUAGCACAUCACACAGUUUUGGAUGUUCGGCAAGUUCCGUCAUAAAAUAUACGCCACAAAAUAACUUUGAGAACUGAACUACAAGUGUGAACACACCCGUAAUUGCAAUACAUAAGUGUGUGUGUGUGGGUUUUUUUUUUUGUGUGUGUGUG